GUGGAGCGAAAGAGCCAAAAGGAUAUGUUCGUGUUUUGGGUUUAGGCCCUACUCCUCAAGAUAUUGGCACUCCAGAGUUGAAGUCUUAUACUGCAACAAGACUACAAAUGGAGAUUCUUGCUCGUACAAAGGUUCAAAGUGAGAAGGCUGCUUUAGAAGAGCGUGUACUUGAGCUACAGACUCAAAUUGAGCAAAGGGCUCAACCAGACCGGGCAAGUGAAGAGCCCAUGUCACAUCGCGGCUCUACUUCAUUUCAACAUAAGGUGAUGAGGAACAAGUUUGCUGCUGAGGAUGAGGAAGACAAUGAAGAAUAUUGUGCUUCUGAAGAUGAGGAAUUAGAUGAUGAGGAUGAUCAAAUAUUUCAUCAGAUGCAAGGUGCAAACUCACCAAGAUCUACAAGGCACUUUGCUGAAGCUUCACACUCUAAACAUGAUGAUCUUGUUGGAAAAGAUGUCAUAUUAUAUGCUAUGUUGAGAUCUGAUUUGCCUGUGGCUAAAGGGACAAUUGUUUCUACUAAACCAAGCACCACAGUUGGAGGCCAGAUCCUUGGAAGACAAUAUUGUGAAGUUAUUGUAACUUGUGUGAUAAAACGAGAUACAGUUUUGCCUCGCCCUUGUGCAAAUGUGGAAACUAUGGCUGAUGCUUACAUGAUGUCAGUUGCAUGGCCAUACAAGAAAGGUGUUCUGGACAAAGAAAGCUUGUACCUUAAAACAGGAGGAUACAAGCAGCUGGAGUGGUUGUCUGAAGGCUUUUGA